AAGGCCAUCGCAGACAACUGCCGAUGACGGCAUGUAUGUGCAGCCCCCGCCGGGCAUUCCAGCGCCACCCGCACCCCACUCACCGGUCGACUCAAGGUCAGACAUUAACGACACACGUCAACGCCUGUAUCGUCUGAUUGAUUGCUCUGUGCCUGCCAUGCCAUGUUGUGCAGCAGUCUCCCUCCAAUGAGUCAUUCGAUUCCUGUGAGCUGCGGUGACGGCCCCCAGCCGUCGGGCGGCUCUCCUCUCCAUUCAUUCGGUUGUCCACAUCCAUUCCAGUCUGGCCCACCGGCUCCCGCUGCUGCUGCUGCUGCUGCUGCAUCGUCAUCAUCUAAGGUGCAUUCUAUGGCAACUGGCCGGCGGGGCCGUAUGCGGCCGCUGAGGGGGGCGACUAUGGCGAGUGGCCUGACUAUGGCCACAGUGAUGGUGAGGAGCCUCCCUCACCACCGCCCCCGCCCUUCCCCAUCUUCGAAGCGGACGAGGCUCACGCACCAGACAGCACGGGCAGUGGUUGGAAUGCGCUGCCGAUGGGGUGGCUGGGCGGCCAACAGGGCACCGACAGGGCCAAUGCUGCUCAUGGGUAAGCCAACGGAACAGGGCAGCCCAGAUGCUUUGGCGUAUGCCCAUCUUGGUGUCGUGUGUGUGUGUGGUGUUUGUAGGCCCUUUACGGGUCCGCCAUCUGUUGCGACUGAAUUGCAGCGAGAGAGGGAGGAGCGGCGGAGAGAGAAGGAGCAAGACGAACGCGAGAAGGACGAGCUGCGGCGCCAGUAAGGCAACACGCCGCACACACGGCAAUCAACGUAUGACUGAGUCUCAUUGACUGGUCGCUGUGGUUGUCUGGUUCGUUCAGGCUAGCUGCCCUGAGCUUCUAUCAGCAGCAGCAGCAGCCCCCAUCGUCCAGCAGCUCAUCCGCCCCACCACCACCACCACCACCACAGCCAUACCCAUACCAGCAGCAGCAGCAACUGCCGUCGGCCCAGCAAGAGGGAGAUGGCCAUGAGUGCGCCAUCUGCUUCGACGCGGCCCCCUCGGUCAUGUACAUGCCCUGCAGACACCUCCGGGUGUGCCGCCAGUGCUACGACCACCGCCGCAGCAAGCUACAGCAGGACCUCCAGAGAGUGCGGGCGGAGAAUGUGCGGCGGGGUAAGGAGAAUGAGGACAUCGAGAGGCAGAACCAGGGCCGCAAGAAAGAGGACCGGAUAGCUUUGGUGGACCUGCUGGACGAGCCGGAGUACCUGUGUGAGCACUGCAAGGAGAGGGUGGUCUUCGCCGGGUCGCGCGAGGAGGUGCGGCAGUGGGCCGCGCGGGCAAUCACAUGACUGACCGUGCGCGCCGGGGUUGAUACGACAUCGCUGGAUGGGGCCACAAGGGGAGGGAGGGAGGGACAGUGUUUUGUGGUGCCGGCUGCAUAUUGUGUGGAUUUAACUUCAUGCAGAGAGAGCGAGGCAUCCGAGGGCUGUUUGUACGUUGGGGAGUGGGUGAGUUAGGUGCGUGUGUCUGUAUUGCUCCCUGGAUGGACUCAAUAGUGUCUUCGUGUGUGUGCGUCCAUGGCUGGCUAGGGCGGUUCCUCCCGACAUGACGCACAUAUGGCGUCAUGCGUAUACACAUACAUUUGUGUGCGUGGGUUUAUCGAAAUCGCUUCCACAUGUGUGUGUGUCGGACCGUCAAUCUCGCGGCUGCAUCGAAUCGCAUUGAAUGCAU